GGCCUGGCUUCCGCUUUUUCACCCGCUGCCGCUCUCGCCUCCAGCCAAGAGCCCAACCCAGCACACCAUCCCGCUGCCGCAGGCCUGCAUCCGGGCCGUUAUGAGCGACGUUGCAACUGGAAUCCAGAAAAGCAAGCUGAAGUCGAAGGGCGUUGCCCAAGCCGAGCACGAUCUUGAGAAAGCUGCUCCCACAAGCCACGACUUGCCGGCAGCAUCCGUCAUGGACAAGCCGACCUCCAAAGCCUCCCGCGAGGCUGUCGAACGGCACAAGGGUCCCUCGGUCGACCCAGGUCUGGAUGUCGAAGCAGCCGAAAGGACGUCCGCCAAGCUACUGACCAAGAAGAAGAAGGCCAAGAUGGCAAAGUCCGCCAUCGCCGAUGCCGAUACCUCGAGCAACAACACCAUCGGCGAUCAGACCGGAUCCGCAUCCAUCCCCGCUGAAGUAGCAAACCCUCCCAUGAAGAAGAGGCGAAACAAUGAGCAGGACCACACAGAGGCUGCACCCUCAGAAAAGACUGUCAAGAAGAGUAAGACCGCCGAUAAGACACAGCAGCUAUCGGGAGAAGCACCUCUAUCUGUCAAGCCCAAGAAGAAGAAGAAAUCCGCCGAUGGUGGUCUGGCGACAGCUGCCAGCGAGGAGCUGAACCCGCCUGAAUCCCCAAACGAUACUCUUGUUAUAUCAAAAACCGAAAAAGCAAGCGAUGUCGAUCCUGACACCGACGAGACUACACCGGACGGCGUUGCGGAGACUGCUGCCCUGGCCAGUCCGUCCGAGGCGGAUGUGCACGAUAGCGCCGAAGCGAAAAAGAAGAAAAAGAAAAAGAAGAAGAAGCAAGUCGACUCGAAUACUGACCCUGAGGCCGCCGAUGUCGUAGAUGAAUCCGGCCUCGAGCAUGCCUCCAUCCAUGCCCAGGCGGCGGCAAAGGAAGAACAAGAAGAGGACGACGGUUUGUCAAGGUCUAAUCCGGAUGAUGUCGGCAAAUUCGGAUCGGAGAACAAGGCGGGCGGCAAGAAGAAAGCUGUCCGUGCAAAAGGAACGAAAGGCUCCAAGAAAGCCGAUGCGACUCAGAACCGGGACGGUCGCGUCGAUGCCCCUGUCGAGAACGACAACGAAGGCUCGGGCUCAGACAGAGAAGGCGAUGGAAACGACAUCGACAACGACAGCGGAGCCGGAGCGCUGUCUCCCGCUGACUCGAGAACACCCAAAGCCACGAUCGAUUGUCCUCCUAGUGAAUCUGUUCCUGUUGAAGUCGCCUGGAAACGAGAUGCAUCCGAGUUGCAGGACUCACUCGAGGAUAAAUCAGCCGAUCCCGGGCCGGCCAAGCGCCAAAAGUCCAGUGCGUCAGUCGCCCCCGUGCCGCCCCGGAAAGCGGUCCCCAUUUCUGUGCCGACCAACCCCGGAUUCCUCCCGUUCAAGCUCGAUCACGCCCUGUCGCAGAGUCUAUUCGUUCAGCGAAGGGAUGCGCCUGUAGUUGCUUCGGACGCCGCCAGCAUCAUCAAUGUCCUUAUGCCGCCCACCCCUGCCGAGCCAGCCGAAACUGCAGCCACUCAAAGCAUCAGUCCGGCCAUCAGCAACUACUCGACCAUUUACGACUUUAUCAACACCGAGCUGGAAACACGCCAGUCAUGGCACCAGCAGAUCAACCCUCCCGAACAUGAAGCCGCGACGUUUGCCUCCGGCCCGUUUGUCAAGCGUGAAAUCGAGGCCGUCGAUGAGGCGAUCCGGCAAUACCUCCAGAGCGAAGGACUGGACCCCACCACUGAAAACAUCUACGGCUACAUCAAGCCGGGAAAGAAAGGACUGAAUCGGAAAUGCAACGAGUUUUUGAAGGCCAUCCAGUACGAGAGCCGUAUUAACCGUACGGCCAAGAGUCUGAAGCGGUAUUUGGUCAACAAGUAUCAAAUCAUCUCCAAGGGUGAAUGGACAAAGGAGGAGGACGACCAGCUUCGUGCCCUCGUCGCCAUCCAUGGCCGGCAGUGGGCCGAGCUCGAGCGGAUGAUCGGAAAGGCGUUUGCCAAGGAGCGAUAUCGGAUCCUUGAAGCCCGCGAUCAAGGCGAAUCGCGCAAAUGGAAAUACCAGGACUUUAUGAAGCUGAAGAAGGUCGGCGCGGAGAUGAUGGCGGAGAUGGAUAUUGAAGAUCCUCGCCAAUUCAAGGCAUGGACUGCUCUGGCAGCCAAGUUUCCCGGAACAACCCCGGCGAAUAUGAAGGACUUUUGGAAAACGGUGAUGCUCAUGGACAUUGAGGCCCAUCCCGGGUUUCCGCCUGCCCUUGUGCUCGAGUUCCUUCGAAAGAUCCAGUCCAGCGGCGCGCACGACGAGUCCGAGGUUCCCUGGACGCACUUCAUCAACGGCUUGCUGGUGGGCAAGAGGAGCAACAAUCUCCCCAAUAUGUGGAAAAAACUGAAAGCUGAGCACGGCGACAUCAACAGAUCGCUGCAGGAAAACGUCGAGCUCAUAAUCCACGAAUAUGAAGCAAGGUGUGCGAUGAUCGAUCCGCAGGCCAUGAACAUGGGUCAGAUAUCAAAUGUUCAGCUGAUGCUACACGCGAGCGACGCAAAAAGCCCAGAGGGCAGCAGCUCGUGAGCAAGGCGCGACCACCAGCGCUGCCGAUCCUGCGUUUGCUCCCCUCCCCUCUCGACCACAAAUACAUGGACUUGACAAAGGC